GUAACUUCAAAUAUUUCUCUCUCUAGCUUGCAGUUUCAGAUAGCAGAAGGUCAAAAUGUCAGGCAGAGGAAAGGGAGGUAAAGGUUUGGGUAAGGGUGGAGCUAAACGGCACCGUAAGGUGUUGAGGGACAACAUUCAGGGUAUCACGAAGCCGGCUAUUCGUCGUUUGGCUCGUAGGGGUGGUGUCAAGCGUAUCAGUGGUCUAAUCUACGAGGAGACGCGUGGUGUCCUGAAGAUUUUCCUGGAGAACGUCAUCCGUGAUGCUGUCACCUACACCGAGCAUGCUCGUCGGAAAACUGUCACUGCCAUGGAUGUUGUUUAUGCUCUCAAGAGGCAGGGUCGUACUCUUUACGGUUUCGGUGGUUAAGGUGCUAGGGUUAGGUGUACUUGGUGUAAAUGCUAUGUCGCAAUGGGGUUGUAGAAGUUCACAGAUUAAUUUCUG